UAUUCACGGCAUGUGAUCUGGGAGUGUUUGAUCUACUUCAAGAAGAGAAUAUGCCACUGUCAGAAAAUAACAUUUCACAAAGGCUGAGCACCAGUCUACGUGGGAUGCAGAUACUGCUCAAUGUGUGCGAAUCGAUGCGAUUACUAAUGUCUGAGAAAAAAGAAGGCACAGUGUAUUAUCAGAUGUCUCAGAUGGCGAGGAGGUACCUAACAAGCAGUAGCAAAGAAUCCUUACUUCCAUGGAUAAAGUUCUACUCAGAGACAGUCUAUCCAUGUGCCCAGCACUCCGUACAUGCAGUGAGGGAAGGCAAGCAACAAAUUGGAAAACAAUUUGGAGACAAGAACAUGAAUUAUUUUGACGUCAUGUACAGUUCUAGGGAACAAGCUGUCCUAUACCUUGAUGUGAUGAGUUCAGCCUGGAACAUCUGCGGAGAAGAUGUGGUGACAGCAUUUGACCUUUCGUCUUUUAAAAAUGUUUAUGAUCUUGGAGGAAAUACAGGUGCCUUGGCCAAGAAAUUUAUCUCAGCAUAUCCACAGUCAAGCGUAACUGUCUAUGAUUUACCACAGAUGAUUCAUACUGCAAGAACGUAUGAUAAGCUGAUUAAGGAUUCCCAGAUUUCUUUCCAAGAAGGAGAUUUAUUUAAGGAUCCUAUUCCCACAGCGGAUAUGUACAUCAUGGCACGUGUUAUUCAUGUCUUGUCAGAGGACAAAUGCAUCGAGCUCCUAAGAAAGGUUUAUACAGCAUGUAAACCUGGGGGAGCAGUUGUUGUAGUAGAAUGCUUCCUGAAAGAUGCCACUGAUGAGGUAAUCACAGCAAACACACAGCACUUCCUGAUGGCUCUUGCAACUGAAGGAAAAGAACGCACACCGAAGGAAAUGAGUCUGCUCCUGGAAAAUGCAGGAUUUCAAGAUGUUCAAAUUAAGGAGACAGGAAAAAUCUAUGACCCCAUGAUAGGCAGAAAAGUACUUAAGUAAUUAUAUGUAAUGAGGUUUAGUACUAUAUUAAAAUAUAUUCUUGAAAAUGGAA